GAUUGCCCUGCCCGACUUUAACGCCGGAGCCAUGGAGAACUGAGGCCUGAUCACCUACAGGGAGACGGCCCUGCUCUACGACCCCGACGUGUCUUCCAACAGCAACAAGGAGAGGAUCGCCACCAUCAUAGCGCACGAGCUCGCACACAUGAAAGACCUGAUUGUGCUCAGCCAAGGCUGUGACAUAUACAGAGUGUUUGCAGUGGACGCCCUGGCCUCCUCUCAUCCCUUGUCCUCCAAAGAGGAGGAGAUCCAAAGACCUGAGCAGAUCAGUGAGCUAUUUGAUGCCAUCUCCUAUAGCAAGGGGGCUUCUGUUCUAAGAAUGCUAUCCAACUUCCUGUCUGAAGAUGUCUUUGUAAUGGGACUGAGUACGUACCUGAACAAGUUUGCCUUCAAUAACACUGUCUACUCUGACCUGUGGGACCACCUGCAAGCAGCCGCUGUGAAAACUGGAACCAGUGAGCGUUUGCCAGACACAGUCCAUGAAAUCAUGAACCGCUGGGUCCUCCAGAUGGGUUUCCCUGUGGUCUCCAUAGAUACCGCCACUGGAACUGUAACCCAGCAACACUUCCUGCUGGACCCUGACUCUGUUGUGGACAGGCCGUCUGAGUUCAAUUAUACAUGGUAUGUGCCCAUUACAUGGCAGAAGGACUCUGUGAAAGGUGCAGACUUUUGGCUGAUGAAAAAAACAGAUUUGAAUAAUGACCUUAAGACAACUAGCGCUGAUCAGUGGGUGCUGGCCAACCUCAAUGUGGCAGGAUACUACAGAGUCAAAUACGAUGAUGCAAAUUAUGCGAGGCUUCAGAAUCAACUCACAAUGGCUCAUGAACUCAUUCCAAUGAUCAAUAGAGCCCAAUUUAUCGACAAUGCUUUUAAUCUAGCAAGAGCAAAACUUGUGCCAACAACACUAGCUCUGGACAUGACAAAGUAUUUGAACAAAGAGAGGGAGUAGCCGUGGGAGUCUGCUCUGGACAACCUGGACUUCUUCUACCUGAUGUUUGAUCGCACGGAGAUCUACGGCCUCCUGCAGACGUAUAUCAUGAAACAAGUGGAGCCCCUCUUUAACCACUACAAGGACAUCACUGCGGACUGGACCAAAGUACCAGAACGGCACACUGACCAAUACAACCAGGUGAAUGCGCUGAGCAUGGCCUGUAGCACAGAGAUUGAAGUGUGCACUAGACUGGUCAAAGAAUGGUUCGGUAGCUGGAUGAACAACACACAGAACAACCCGAUCCAUCCCAACCUACGGUCUGUAGUCUACUGCAGUGCCAUUGCCGCUGGUGGAGUGGUAGAAUGGGACCAUGGCUGGAAGAUGUUUCAAGAGGCAACCAUCGCCAUCGAGCAGGACAAGCUCAGGGCUGCACUGGCCUGCGCUUCACAGCCUUGGCUCUUGAACAGGUACCUGGAGUACACCUUGAAACCAGACAUGAUUCGGAAACAGGAUGCUACUUCUACUAUUGUCCACAUUGCCAAUAAUGUGGUGGGCCAACCUCUGGCUUGGGACUUCAUGAGAGCUGGGUGUACAUUUUCAAUGAGUGAGUACAUUAAGGAUGUAGAAUUACAAUUCGAAUUUGAAUUGAAGGAACUCCAGCAGUUCAAGCAGGACUACGCCGAUGUGGGCUUUGGAUCAGGCACCCUGGCUGUGGAGCAGUCUAUUGAGAGAACACAGGCCAACAUCAAAUGGGUAGCAGAAAACAGAGACAUAAUGCAGACUUGGCUAAAACAAGUAAUUUCACCGUAAUUUAAAUGGGGUUUUAUUUUUAUUUUUUAUCUUUCUAAACAAAUAUUAAGAUGUCUUCUAUCGCUCUAUUUAUUAUUUCAGAGUCCUUUUCUGCUAAAUGCUAAUAGCUGUGUCAGCUGUGAGCACUUUCAGUAGCUCAUGCUGUCACUCGCAAUGUCGCAUAUGUUUUUGA